CCUUCCAUGGCAUCCUGCCCCGGAGCGGCGGCCUGAGCGUCGUCGGCGACCGGGGCGCUCCGCCGACCUCCCGGAUGGCUCCGCGGCCCGCCGGGGCGCUGCUGUAGGCCCGCUCUGUUCCCCGCUAUGGCUUUCGUGCAGGGCCCCCCGGCCCAGGGCGGCCCGAGGGAGCCGAAGCGGCUGGAGGCCGGGGCUGGGGGAGAGGACUGGUGCGACAGCGGGCUGGGGUCCCUCAGCGAAGGGCAGCUGGUCCAGAUCCAGGCGGACGGGGUCCUGGUGGCCGCGGGCGACGCCGAGGUGGGUCCGGGGGGCUGCCCAGGGGCCCCCGACCCCGGCCAGCGGCCCCCGCCCCGCGGCGCCCCCCGGAAGACACUGCCGGAGGAGGAGGAGAGCCCGGAGCGCCUGGACUCGGCCCUGGGGGGCGACGAGGGCGUGGGCGACCUGGUGGAAGGCGUGGGGGCCGUGCACCUCGAAAGCCAGGUGGCCGCGGUGACCCCCGAGGCGUGGCUGCACCACGUGCUGGGCUUUGUCACCGAGGACGGAGACACAGCACUUCACUUGGCUGUGAUCCAUGAACAUGAAGCCUUCCUGGAUUCCAUUCUGCAGUACACCCAAGGAACAGAUUACCUGGAUAUUCAGAACGACCUUGGGCAGACUGCGCUUCACAUUGCUGUCAUCCUCGGGGCGUCCGAUGUUGUUGGCAAACUCGUUUCCGCAGGAGCUGGGCUGGUUGUGCAGGAGAAAGGCGGUCAUACGGCCCUGCACUUGGCAUGUCGAGAGGGAUGGCGGGAUUGCGCUCAGCAGCUUCUGGCUCCGCUUGCAACGCAAAGGCCCUGUCAGGGCAGCAGUUUCCGAGCCCAGUUGGACUGCACCAAUUACGAUGGUUACACCCCCUUGCACGUGGCCAUCCUACGGAAAGACUUGGAUAUUGUCAGUCUCUUAAUCUCUGGAGGAUCGGAUCUCAACAAGCCGGAGCUAAGCUGUGGCCGGAGCCCCCUUCACUUGGCGGUGGAGUCUCAGAGUCCCGAAGUGGUGGAAUACCUCUUGCGUGCAGGAGCUGACCCAGAGGCCCGCAUGUAUGUUGGCUACACGCCCAUGUACAGCGCCGUGCACCGGCCUGACCAAAAAAUCCCACAGCUGUUACGGGAAUUCGGCUCAGAGGAGCCUGACUGGGAUUCGGAGGAGAGCGUGGACAGUAACAGCGAGGAAGAAUACGACGACAUCGUGAUCAAUUGUGGACAUUAGAAGAGAGCCAAGGAGCCCGUCUGCCCCACGCCGGAGUCCGUUGAAGGCGUCCCGCUGCGGCCACCGGCUGUGAUUUCUGUAGCAAUCGCAUCUUCACUGUGAGCCAGACGUGAAUUAUUUAUGAGGGCCGGGGACGGAAGGGGAAGCUGCGUCGCCCGGCCCAGAGCUGUCCUCCCCGGCCCCGUUCCAACCUACCCUCCGUUGUUUUGUUCUGCUUCGAGGAUGGAUUUCUUGUCUCCGACGUUACUGUCUUGCUCUUGCCUGCCUUGACGUGUCUGAAUCAGUAGGUGUGGGUUUUCUUCGUUAAGCAAGUUGCCGAUGUGCCCCGAGCAGAUCCUAGUUGUGAAAAAGCCUUGUCUCUUCCGUCUCCUUCCUGGCCUUUCCUGUGAACACUCGCGGUCAGAUCUGUGCUUUCCCUUCCCGCUUACGUUUGUCCUGUUACGCGGAUGUUGUUCUGGAGAGCUCAAGAGCCUCGGAUGGGCUCCCAUCUCUCCCACCUGAGAGUUGGGGGACGGGGUCACCAUCCUGGCACCAGGAAAGGUCUGGGAUAGGUGCCCUUUGCGGGGCUUGGUUUUCAACUCCCCACAGCCCCAACCAGCAUGGAACUGGGGGAGCUGCGGUCCAAAAUAUUUGAAGAGGUCCAGUUCUUACCCUGGACUUCAGCAAGGCACAGCCUUUGGGGUCUGAUAGCAGUUGUGGUUCUUCAGUUGACGGGGGUAUUUAGUAUCAGCAAGAUCAACUUCGGUUGUCCUUCCUCCCCAUCCUGGGACUGUAAGAGAAUGGAACUUCCGUCCCAUUUGGACUGGCAGUGAUUCUGCCAGGCCCUGACGAAAGGGCUGUCUCCUCUCACCUCGACUGGACGGGCGGCAUAAUUAUUGCUCAGACCUCGCCUUGGAUGGUCGGAAAUGAAAACCUCCCUGCUAAAUUCCAAGGGAAAUAAAUGCUUUCGGCCAACCUUGCCUGCUGUUCCCACGACGGCUUGAUUCCUCAGACUUGGGAAUAACCAGAAGUGGGAACUGCAGCUUUCCCCGCCACUGUCUUGCCUCCAGCACAGACUCUAACCAACUGCAGCCAUCCUGCUCUUUCGACACAACCUUGAGUCGCCGUAUCAGUGAGAGCGACUCCGCUCCCCGGUCUCCUCUCUCCCCAGUAUCCAACUGGACCCUGAGAGCCUUUUGCCCUAAAAGAGCCAGCAGAUGCCACCGCUGUGAAAGGAAAGAUGUCAGUGCAAAUUUGGGAUGGUUUGGGUCAGUCUAGCACAGGAUUCCUCAACCGUGGCAACUUUACGAUGUGUGGACUUCAACUCCCAGAAUUCCCCAGCCAGCUUUGCUGGCUGGGGAAUUCUGGGAGUUGGUCCACACAUCAUAAAGUUGCCACGGUUGAGAAACACCUGUCAAGCAGCUAGGACGGUGGGAACCAGACCUGCUUGGAGUGGAGUUCAGCAACAUCUGGCGGGCUGGAGGUUCCCCCCCUCCUCUCCAAGAGGCUGGCUCCGGAGCCCAGCAGGCUGAGCUAAGCAGUCCCAGGAGUGGCUCUUUAAAAUAUGCCCCCCCUUCGUCUUCAGCAAAAGAACGGUGUGUUUGCCAGGUGUUUGAAUCCUGCUCUGUCUUGCGGCGUUUUCUUUCCUCCCCCCUUCCGCAGAGCCGAGACUUUUGAAGUUCCAGUGUGAUUUCCUGCAACUGGUUUUAAAUCUGCAUCGUGACUCGGUUGGGUCUUCCCGCCUCUCUCUGUUGAUUGUAUUCUGUGGGUCUCCCCGAGCAGACCAGAUUAAACCUUAUGGAUACCCGUG